AUGGCGACUCCGAUAUUACGGGAUCCCUUUGUCUGCAAGCAAGGAGUGGUUACCAAAACAAAAAUGGCGGACAGUGGGUUAGGUGUACAGUUAAAAGUUCGUCAAAAUGCCGAAGAAAUUGGUGAGUUUAUGAAAGAUUUGGACCGAUGGGAGGCAGAUAUAAAGAGGAAAGACGAAGAACUUAUGUCUUGUAAGACAGUUUCGAAAAAGAAUCUUCCACCAAUAAGAAAUCUAAGUAGAAAGAAGAAAUCUAAGAUCAAAAAGGAAGCUACUAGAGAAAGCACAAAAGAACCAAAACGAAUAAGUUCCUAUGAUUACAAUGCAUGGGAUAAGUUUAAUGUGGAGGAUGAAUUGAAAGCAAUAGAUGACAAAGAAGAAAUGGAAACCAUUACUUCAAGUAGUUCAGAAGAUGAAGAGUACCAAGAGAUGAUUGAACAAGAGCAAAGGCUACAGAAAGCAGUUUUGGAGAAGGACAAGGGUAAUGAUUUAUUCAAAGAGGGAAAGUAUGAAGAAGCCAUUAAUCGUUAUACUGUAGCCAGUCAGCUCGAUCCAUCCAAUGCUAUUAUGCCUGCUAAUAGAGCGAUGGCACUGCUUAAAGUUAAUAGGUAUGGGGCAGCAGAGGAGGACUGCACAUUGGCCAUAAACAUCGAUAAUACAUACACCAAAGCCUACCUCAGGAGAGCUGCUUCUCGCUUUCACUUGAAUAAGCUUAACGAGGCUUUAGCUGACUAUGAACAAGUGCUACAACUUGAACCAGGCAACAAACAAGCGCAACAAGAAAUGGCAAAGCUACAGAAAAUACUUAAUGUAAAUCAAUCCGACAAGGAAGAAAAGAAAAAUCUUGAAGUCAAGAGACCAAAGGUACCACUAAAACGAAUACACAUUGAUGAAAUUGGAUCUGAUAGUAGCGACAGUGAAACAGAGCACACUAGUACAGCUCACAGAACGAUAGAUAGACAAAUCACUAACCAAGUAGAGAAAGAAAAUAUUCAUAACGAUAGCAAAAGUAAAAUUACAGAAAUUACAGAAGAUAAGUCGAGAACGGAAGAAAAGGUUUCUUCAAUGGSAAAUGUUAAAGAAUCAAAAGAGGACACGAGACCAAAACCCAAAGAGACCACAAGAGUAACGGUAAACAAACCAAGAGCGUUCGACGUACCGAAGUCUUCAAUGCAGCURCAAGCAGAYUGGAAGAUACUACGAAAUGAGCCUSCACAGMUAUUUGAAUAUUUAAAGAAAAUAAAUCCCAAGUCAUACCCAAAACUAUUUCAACAGUCGAUAGACUCUGAUAUGUUAACCGCCAUUAUCCAAAUAUUCCACGACUUUUACAUCAAAGCCAAUCUACCCGUGUUCACAGAGCUACAAAGCCUUGCCCAAGUWCAAAGAUUUGGUAUGGCCGUAAUGUUCUUAUCAGAAGACCARAAGAAAGUCCUCCAAAGUCUCUUCUUGUACGUCCAAGAAAACAAAGACUCGAACAGCUGUUCCAGCGAAUCUAUUGAAAACUUAAAGAAAAAAUAUGGUUUAUGACAAAACAAAUAUUGCACUCUACUUAUAAAUUAUUGUACAUUUAGAAACCGUGUGAAAUUGCUACGCAUGUUGACUAGUUCCUGCAGCUCUGAAUAAGCAGGAAAGAUCUGAAAUGAUUGCUUGUAUAGAUUAUACAGUUUUAUUCGUUUGCAAUAAAUACCGUGUUAUUAGGUAAAA